GUAAAACAAAAUUGUCAAUCUAUGUUUCUCAUACAAUGCCUAGAUUUCAACAUUUUCUCUGUUUUACCAUCCUUGUUGCAACCAUAACCUUUUUCAAGGUAGCUUCAGCUCACGUGAAAAUUAAACCUGCUUUACCGCAGAUUGAAGAUCCAUUGACCGUAAAAGAUGUCGAGUCUUAUACCAUAAAAGUUGUGACAACGUUCCUGGUUGAGCUUGAGAAGGAAUGCCCCAAAACAGAGAAAUUUAAGGUAUUUUUCGAAAAACUUAAGGCGUAUUCCAAGUACUUGUGCCCAGUCUCUAAAGCAAAAGGCUACAAAUCUGACAUGAAGGCCAAGGCCGGUAGCCUUUUCGAGGCAAUGUCAGCCCUCAUCUCCGUUAAACACAGAUCUAAAGAAGGAUCAGUGAAUAAGAGUCUACAACGGGAAAAAAUGGAAGCCAUGAAUACCAUAAAUUUACUGCAAUCCGUUGGUGAAAAGAUUGCGGGUGGGAGAAGUAACAAAACAGAGACUAAUGGAGUCGCGAAACUAACUGUAGAACAACAGAAAGAAAUGAAAGAUGGAAUCUUGAAAUGGCUUCAAGUAAUUACUCGAAUCGUAAAGACAAACGUAGAAAUAAAUUUAAAAUCUUCAUCAAAAUCUCAAACGACACAAGAAAGCAAAGAAGAAAAAUCUUCAACACAAACACAAAUCAAAAGAAGAAGUGAAAGAGAAUAUGCUCAAAUCACAGCGUUACCGAGAGGUAGCCGCGUGACAAAUAAAGGAAAUAUCAAUGGUAUCUUAAAAAGUGCUAGAAAUUCUCCAAAGGAGAUUGACGAUCAUGGGAACAAAAGAAGAAAACCAAAGAAGCAAUAUAAAUUUAAAGAAGGAGGUAAGAAAGUUACAAGUAGAAGAAGCAAAAUAGAGAGUAGCAAAAAUGCCUAAUCGGUUAAAAAAGUGGAAGUAUACAAGUAUAUAGAUUGUACAUAAAGCUCAAAGAGAAGUAAUGAGACGACCCAUGAAAGUGUUUUUGGGUUUAAUAUGUUUUCAUUUUUUUUUUUCCUUUUUUCUUUUUGUAGACGAGCCGAAACAAAUAAUUAAAAAAAAGUUUCAGAAUUAAAAAUAAAAGCGAGAAAUCUCACAUUAUUAAAAA